AUGGUUCCGUAUUCAUCAAGCAGUGACAGUGAUUUUUCUUCUGAUGGUAUUGAUAUGGACCACUGUUUCAGACCACCGAAUUUACCUCUUUCUCCGACAGCAGAUAUCUCCAAUUUAUCAGACUCCACUGACGCUACAGAAAUGAAUACAAAAAUAAUGUACAUUGACAAGAAGCUCUUUCGACAUGGAAACAGAUGUCCUGAAAAGUCAAAUUUAUACAAAUCUAGCCCAUAUUAUAAUGACUCAUAUUUUAAGCCUUUCGGCUUUGGUCAACUAACUAAUGAAGGAAAGCUAAAAGUUUAUAAUUUAGGAAAGGAAAUUCGCCAACGUUAUUCGGGGUUUUUGGACGACGAGUACAGCAUUGAUUUAAUAAGUGCACGAAGUAGUGAUUUUAAUAGAACUAAGGCCUCAUUACAAACAAUGCUGUCAGGAUUAUUUCCACCUACCAAAGAUCUAACUUGGUUACCUGGAUUCAAUUGGCAGCCUAUACCAUACGAAUAUGUUGAAAGAAAUUCAGACCAGGAAUUGUUCUGUUUUGGAUGUCAAAACUGGGAUCCGACAUUAGAUGAUUUCUUAGCUACAAAAGAUUUACGCAAAUAUGACAAGCUACUAGCAACUCUUACUAAUAAAACCGGAGAACCCUAUGAUACCCUCUUAAAAGCAUAUUAUCUGUAUUUUGGAUUUCAAAUUUUGACUGAACUUAAUUAUACCCUACCGGAUUGGGCACAUGAUGUUUAUCCAUAUCCAUUAAAGAAUUUAACAUUGGAUUACUAUGGUAUGAUCACAGGAUCUACAACACUACGACAAAUGUGUGGAGGAUAUCUAUUAAAACAUAUUCUUGAUGAUACCCAGUCCAAAAUCGAUGGCAAACUUCCAGCUAAAAAAAUGUUUAUAUGGUCUGGUCAUGAAAAUAAUGUCGCUUGUCUUUUACGUAAUAUGAAUCUUUUGAAAGAAGAUAUGGUUCCUAAUUACGGAAGUUUUGUUGCAUUAGAGCUUCAUAAUAUAAAUUCCACUUAUGGAUUUAAGAUUUAUUUUAAAAAUGACGAUAAUGAACCAGAAUUGUUAACAGUACCAAAUUGCAAUAGCUUCUGUCCCUUGAAGAAAUUCGAAGAAUUAGUAGAGGAAAAUAUUCCUGAAAAUAUAUCAUUAUGCAGGGGAACCAAAAGUAAGUUUUCAUAUUUGAUAUUAACAAUUCAUUUUUUUAGUAACACUGUUUUAAUUGGACACGUUUGCCAUCUUCAGGGUAUAAUAUUUCUCUCUCUCUCUCUCUCUCUCUCUCUCUCUCCUCUCUCUCUCUCUCUCUCUCUCUCGCUCUCUUCAAUGGAGCUAUAG